AUGUCAAACACAGAGCAGUAUACUGUUGGUUGGAUAUGUGCGUUACAGACGGAAUAUGUCGCUGCCCGAGCUUUCCUUGAUAAAAGACACGACCCACCGGAAACACUAUCACCGAACGAUAAUAAUCACUACACACUGGGGGAAAUUAGGGGUCACCAGAUCGUUAUUGCAGUUCUUCCAGACGGAGAGUAUGGGACAUCAUCGGCCGCCUGUGUUGCGAGAGAUAUGUUACACAGUUUCCCUAACGUCCGAUUCGGGCUUAUGGUGGGGAUCGGUGGGGGCGUACCAACCAAGCAGGACAUCCGUCUCGGUGAUAUUGUCGUGAGCUCAUCUCGGAGUGGCCAUGGUGGUUUGCUUCAAUAUGACUUUGGCAAGGAGGUUCAAGACCAGGAGUUUCAUCAAACAGGCUUCUUAAAUCAAUCACCACUGAUCUUGCGUACGGCCGUAGCUGGGCUUCAAGCGCAGUAUGAAGAGGAGGGCCACCAGCUGAAGGACUACAUCAAAAACGUGCUUGAAGGCAACAAAAGACUAAGAGGAAAAUACGCACAACCUCCUACCGAAAGCGACAGGCUUUAUAAAAGCCAGUACACCCAUCAGGACUAUCAGUCGAACUGUGCUGAGCUCUGCGACAACACGAAUUUAAUCUUUCGGACACAGCGAGCUGAGGAUGAGGAUAAUCCUGCUAUCCACUACGGCUUGAUUGCAUCUGGGAAUAGAUUGAUUAAGGAUGCAAUAUUCCGUGACAAGCUUGCAGCAGAGCAAGGUGUUUUAUGUUUUAAAAUGGAAGCAGCUGGACUGAUAAACCAUUUCCCUUGUUUGGUCAUUUGUGGUGUUUGUGAUUAUGCCGACUCCCACAAUAACAAGGAAUGGCAAGGCUAUGCGGCAAUGAUGGCAGCUGCAUAUGCAAAGGACCUGUUACAUCAAAUUGUCUCACAGCGAGUGAAACAUGAGCGGAGAGCCAGCGAAGCUAUGCGCGAGAUCCAAGGCCAACUGAAGGAUGUUUCCAUUAAUAUUGAUAGAAUCCUUGAUACUACCAGUGAAUCUGCUUUGGACAUCAGGUCUAUGGCCCAAAUUGUAGAUCUCAAGGAGCUACCAGUGGCCGAAGGGGCUGAAUUCGGAACAUAUAUGGAUCAACAUGAGGACGAAUGUCUCCCAGGGACCAGAGAGGAGCUUCUUCGCAACAUUGAUGAAUGGGCCAUCUCACCAGAAAGCAAAUGUAUUUUCUGGCUCAAUGGCUCGGCUGGAACUGGCAAGUCCACAAUAUCACGAACUGUGGCAAAAUCCUUCGGAAAACGAGGGUUGCUAGGGGCAAGCUUCUUCUUUAAGAGAGGCGAAGGAGACCGCAGUAACGCAACAAGAUUCUUCCCGACAAUCACAAGACAGCUAUUCAUCCAGAUUCCAGAAAUACAGCCUGUGACCAUGCAUGUACUAAAAGACGACCUCAGAAUAUCAGCCAAGUCCCUUAAAGAGCAGUUUGACAAGCUAGUUCUCCAGCCACUGCUAAGCUUUGAGGAAUCGAAUUUUCCGACCCGAACCGUGGUGAUUACGAUUGAUGCACUAGAUGAAUGUGAAAACGACAAUGACAUCCACGUUAUACUACAGUUACUACCACAAUUAAAGCAAGUACGCUUAGUUCACCUGCGAAUCUUUGUGACCAGUCGACCCGAACUACCAAUCCGACUAGGCUUUCAGGACGAAGUCGGUGAUGAUCACCAAGACUUUAUCCUUCAACAGAUCCCAGAGCCUAUAAUACAACAUGAUAUCUCUUUGUUCUUCAAACACAAACUUCUGAGAAUUCAAAAGAAGCGGUCUCUCCAACAAGACUGGUCGGGAGACAGUAAAACUCAGGCACUUAUAAAGAUGUCGGUCCCGCUAUUUAUCUUUGCUGCCACUAUCUGCUGUAUUCUCCUGGACUAUCAAUGGGAUCCAGAGGAUAGUCUCAAAGAGAUCCUCAUUCAUCAGACUGACACCUCAAAACUGAAUGGAACAUACCUUCCACCGCUAUCGAAUGAUUGUAUCUUUAUAGGGGAUUUCGAGAUGGUUGGAGCGAAAACCCCGUGGCCGGCCCUUUCAGGGGUUCCCGAGGCGGCAAACUCACCAAACCAGAACUUUCUUACCUGCGUACUGAACCUUCACGCCGACGCGAAAUCGUUCAUUUCGCACAACGAGCAGGCCGGAAAACAGCUACCAAAGCCUGUUAUCGACUUCUUCGAGCAGGUAGUCACCUACUGCGGUUUCAUGCAACGCCAAACAACGGAUAUUCUCGAUAGGAAUGCUCACUUAGGCCCUGAGCUGGCUUCGAUCAAGCAGACCCUUCAGAACGUCCAACAACAUACCCACAGUACCCAGUCAAGCAUUCGGAACCAGAGCCACCAAUCUUGGGCUUCCGUGGUCAGGAAUGCGCCUCCUCCAGCCCAUACGAUUUCUACUCACGACGCCUCCAGCACCGCCCCGGCCACACCGUCAGAGCUCAGCAAGGACCGCGAAGUGAUCGUCAAACUGCGAGAUGCUGGUGCCCAGAAGACCUAUCGAAAGAAGUCAUCAGCAGAAAUAAAGGAAAAGGCAGAGAGAGACAUUGUGAACUAA